CUUGAGGGCAAUUUGCAAGCAGACCUGUGCAAUUGUCGUCUGAGGUGCUUUAAUGCUCGACUGCUCUUUUGGAUGCUUCCAUGCAGACUAUUCCAUCCUGACUUGAGGCGCUGCCGAUACUUAGUCAUGGGUGAGGAGCAGCUCGAUGAGGCGUUCAUGCGGCGCCUUUGGUCGCUCGCGAAUUUUGCAGAAGACCAGAUUGGGGCCAUCUCAGCGCUUCUUAUUAACAGCCCUCAGAAUCUCCGGGUCGCUAAAAUUAUGCCAAAUGAUGCACAGCUGGGGGGCUUUUUGCGACAACUCCUGAAGAUGCAAGAGCCGCAGAAGGAGGCUGUACGAGUUGAGGAAUUCCUCCAGCUGAAGGGAUCAGUCGCUGACCUGCAACUCAAGUAUGACGCAUCUACUCGGUCAUCAAGGACAGACGCCAGUGUUGGCAAGUUCUGGCGUGCAAAGGCCGUUAAGAUCAAGGACUUGCCGUUUCUAGCUGCUGUUGCCGACUCCGAACUGGAUCAAGUAGCCAACGCCGUGCUGGAGAGGUUUCCAGAGAAAAAGAAGACGGGCCUGGAGUAUGCCCCCGUCAAGUCCCUCCAGACUGGCGAAGAGGAGGCUGGACUUUCUUCUCCUUCCAACAAGAAAAGAAAAGGGCCCAGCCCCUCAUCCCCGACGCAGCCAAAAUUGCCCGGUUACACCCUAGCUGACUGCAUUCCAGCCGCAAGACUGCCAAAAUUCAAAGAAGACGCCCACAUGCAACCAGCAGUAAUCAAGAUGGUUGAGGCAGCCCUGGGAGUGCUGAGGUCAAAGCUCAUCCUCAGAGAUACACACGACUCCAGCAACCAGUUCAUCCACCCAGUCGGCAGACCGGAUCUGAGCCUGCUAGCAGCAGCGCUUAUUGCGUGGACGCAGCUUGUCUCAGUAGGCGAAUUCAAGCUUGGGGAGGGCACGGAUGACAUCGACAGCAUGUUCGGCCAGCUGAUCAAUCGCACGGCGGCGAUUCUCGACAGUCAGCCUGACAGGCAGCGGGUCGUCUCCUUUGGGUUGACAAUGAAUUCGAUUGAGGUCGUGCACGUGCAUCGGGGUCAAGACAGGACCUGGGUCGUGCAGACGAUAGGGCCUUUGCCUUUCAGCAUCAGCCGCGAGUCCGCAGGAUUCAAGAUCCUGAUCAGGCUCUUAGCAACAGAGCUCACCGAUCUUGGGUUUCUGCAACCAGAGAUUCCGGAGGUGCAUCUGAGCAGGGAGCUCUGUAAUCUGGAGCUACUCAGGAGGGGCCAAUUGCAGGCUCCACAGGGCACAGCGCCGAACAGGGUGGGGAGUGUUGUCUUUCAAGCCUCAACUGCUGGCCACAACAACUGCAUCCUGAAGCUCUGCCACUCGGGAAAAGAGGGCGACGUCCUCAACUAUCUUGGGCAGUGCGAGGAGGUCUCUAAUGUCGUGGAACUUCUCGAGCGUGGCAAGUGCACGUACAAUGGUCGCGACUGGGACGCGCUGCUUCUCAUUCCUGUCGCCGUCCGACUGACCCAAGAGCUGCCAGUGCAGGUUCUGGCGCAGGUGACGCUUGACCUAGCUCAUGCGAUUGACGCGUGUUUGAAGGUUGGAGUAGCGCAUCGCGACAUUUCGUUGGACAACAUCGGCAUCAUGGACGGCCGGGGAGUGCUGUACGACUUCUCAGCUGCCAAGUUUAUUGACCCAAAGGAUCGCGACACAAUGGAAGCCGCCAGCCCUUCGGGCAAGUUGGAGGCCAUCACUGGAACCAGCCGGUAUGCGGCCCUCUCGGUCUUGGAAGGGCGAAGUCACACAACGAGCUCGAUGUUGGAGAGCCUCUACUUGAGUAUCCUUUCGGCCUGCUGUGAUGAGAAGUUGACGGGUCGCCACGAUAUGAAGAUCGAAGACCUCCAAAAGUGCCAGAUAGUUAGGCGAGGAAGCAUGCUUGCACUGCGACCCCCGGACUUCUCGAAGGUCCCGUCCUCUCACUUGGGCUUUGUCAGGGAGAUGCACGAGCUGUUCUACCCGUUGCAGUCCGGAUCGGCUGCAAGAAUGUACAAUGUUGCAGUAGCGCUGGACAAAUUUGAGGAGGUUUGUAAGAUGUGGAUGCAGCCUCUCACUGCUGCGAACUGAGAAGGUGGAUGAACAAGGAAACCUUGAAGUACUCCUGAUCUAAAUUGCCUCCUGCUGAUUUUGUU